AUGACUGCACCGACUGAUAGACCGCUAGAAGGCGGCCCACCCAAUGUCCUAGGCGAGCGAGGACGACAAGGCGACCGCGGGCCGGCGGGACAGGUGCGAGGCGAGAUCGAAGAGCGGGAUGGCGUUGUUGGGGACGCAGCGAGCGGCAAGACGGCUAUCGAAGCGGCGGCCGACAUGAGCGCAGGCCCGGGCGGGAUGGAGUCGGCGGGAAAGGACGAGGAGGACAAGCUGGGAGAACAGCUCGCUACGCAUCACAAGAACGGCUUGCAAGACCAGACGAACUAUAUGCCCGUCAAACAAAUCCUGGUCGUCUUCGCCUCGAUGCAGCUGUCGGUACUGCUCGCAUUCCUCGAUCAGACAAUCGUAAGUGUAGCGCUACCUUACAUAUCGGCGUACUUCAACGCCGGAAGAUCGUCUGCCUUCGUGACGGCCGCCUACCUCCUCACGUCGUCUGCCAUGCAACCCGUCUGGGGCCGUCUGUCCGACAUCUUCGGCCGCAAAUACACCCUCAUGCUCUGCGUUCUAAUCUUCGCGAUUGGCUCGCUCGCCUGCGCUCUAGCGCGCACCAUGGUUCAGCUUAUUGUGUUCAGGGGCAUGCAAGGCGUCGGCGGAGCGGGACUUCUCACUCUCGUCCUGAUUAUCGUCUCCGACAUCGUUUCCUUGAAGGAGCGCGGCAAGUACCAGGGUGUAACGGAGAUAACGAUCAUGGUGGGCAACGGAGUCGGCCCGCUCAUUGGCGGCGUACUCGUCCAGCAUGUCUCCUUGCCUUGCUGCGCCGCCGCCAUCGCCGUCAUCGCCUACUUCCUCCCGCUGAAAGCCGUCAAAGGCUCAGCAAAGGAGAAGCUCAAGAAGAUCGACUACGGCGGCGCCGUCCUCACCGUUGCUGCGACGGUCCUGCUCAUUCUCCCGCUUAAUUGGGGCGGCACCUCGUUCCCGUGGGUCUCGGGACCCGUCCUCGGCUGCCUCGUCGCCAGCUUCUUCGCCUUCGCCGUCUUCUUCCUGUGGGAAUGGAAGGCCGCUCGCAUCCCAAUCGUCCCUCCCUUCAUCUUCAAGAACCAAACCGUCGCCGCCAUCUUCGCCUCGACAUUUCUGUCCGGCUCGACGAUUCUCUGCCAACUCUACUACCUCCCGCAGUACUUCCAGGUGGUUCGCGGCGACUCGCCGACACGUUCUGGCGUCCUCAUCAUCCCGCAGCUCAUCACGACCACAGUCUUCGUCUUCCUCUCCGGCCAGCUCGUCUCGCGGACGGGCGAGUACAAGCCCUCAAUCGUCGUAGGAUACGCCAUCUGGGCUGUCGGUCUUGGCUUGCUCUCGACUCUCGAUCAGCAGUCCUCGACAGCUCGAAUCGUCGGGUACCAGCUUCUCAACGGCGCAGGCCAAGGCCAAACGCUGCAGACGUCGAUGGUCGCGGCGCAGGCAGCGGUAGAGCGGAGCGAGAUGUCGGUCGUGACGAGCGUCCGCAACUUCAUGCGGUCGCUCGGCGGGACAGUCUUCCUGGUCGUCGCGGCGACGAUCCUGAACAACAACUUGAGCUCGAAACUCACUCCUCUCGGCUACUCGCAUUCGACUAUCUCCGCCAUCGUCGACGACCCCGUCGGGAUCUGGCAGCCCUCCUCGCGCGAUGCCAGUAUUCUGUACGAUCUCAGCUCGACGCAAAAGGCGCAGAUCGUCGAGGCUUACGUCGUCGGCUUCAACACCGUCUUCCACGUCUUGACGGGACUGAUCGGCGCAAACUUCCUCAUCGCCUUGUUGCUCGUCAAGCGGCACUCGUUGCAGCGGAAGGACGAGGAGGCGCUGAAGCAGCGAGGGAAAGAGUGGAUUCAGCAUCGCAAGGAGAAGAAGCGAGGAGCGGGUGGGCGCAAUCUAGACGAGGCGGAGAAAGGAGAGGGAGAAGAAGCGACGAAGCAGGACGAGGCGCGACGAUAG